GCUUCCAGCGGUCUCCAGGUGAGCGAGGGAACGAUGUAGGAGGUGAAUGACGGCAUCAUCCGCUCCAAUGCCAGGCUGGUAGGCAAACUGAAGUGGGUCCAACAAUGAGCUCACCAGGUGCCGAAGCUGAGCCAGGACCAGCUGCUCCAGGGUCUUCAUCAGGUGGGAUGUCAGAGCCACCGGCCUGUAGCUGUUGAGGUCCUUGGGGCGUGAGGUCUUUGACACUGGUACAACAUAGGAGGUUUUUACAGAGCUGUGGGACUCUCCCCAGCCUCAGGCUCAGGUUGAAGAGGUGCUCCAUCACCUCACACAGUUGGUCUGCGCAGGACCUGACGACCCUUGAGCUGAUGCCAUCACGAUCAUGGCUAAGCUGGAAACCUGGACCCUCCGUGACUACAUGAAGUACCUUCUGAAGGUCUACUAGAAGGUGUGAAUGGAGCAUUAUGGGCAAUCCCUACUUGCUGCCAUCACGAAACCAACCAGUUGAUCUACACCACAGCAGCAGUGAUCACUGAGAUGAGGCUACAAGCUGAACAGCAACAAGGAGAGUAGACUUUAUAUCUCAAGAUUCAGUUAUGCUUCCUUAUUUUAUACAAGUAAAUAUGUAGUCCUUAGUGUGGCAGUUUUCAGUCCUGUAGGAAAUAAUUAGGAAGGACACCAGCACUGCAACAUGAGUACCCAGCACUGAUAGUGACAUAACACUGCCUCUAUCUGUGUGUGUUUUUUGUGUAACCACCAGAGGAAAGCAACUGUAUGACCCUUCCACAGUCACAGAGGUCAGACCUCUGCAUCAUUUUUUUAAUGCUGCAGAGACAAUGACACCAUGAAGGCUUUUUAAAAAGUUAUCAGUGUGGGCAGAUGCAUACUGUAGCAACACAUUCCUGCGUCAGGCGGGUUACCUAGUGUGUCUAACAGCAGAGUCAGACAUAAAACUGAACAACUGCUCUGUCAACAGUAAACUAAAUGUACAAGUAUCACCACAGUUUUCUAUAAAAACCUUUUCAAUGCUGUUUCCAGCUCUUCAAGUCAGCGACGCAGCUGACAGAUAGCUGACGCUGUGGAAUUUACCUUGAGGUGUUGCUAAAACUGUCAGUGGUUUGUUGGAGCCUAACAAAAAGGGUGACAUUGUCAGUAAAAAGAAAGACGUUAGCAGAGGUGGGGAACUAAAGGAGAGGAAUGGCAGACAAAAAGACACGAUGCAAGAUAGACAGACAUAAAUGGAAAUAUUCUAUUCAAUAAAAGUUACAUUUUAUGCAUCAUUUGAAUGCAGAAUCAUUGAAGAACUGUUUUUAAGAGAGAAAGAAAGAUGAACAGUAAAGUGGGGAGCAAAUAUAACGCUACCUGAACUGAAGUGACUUUUGCAAUUCUUAAUGGACAUUUCUUCCUCACCUUGUAAAGAAACGCAUGGGAGUUUUUGCUGUUGUGUACAUCAAGGACUUCUCUGUGUAGUACAGUGUACCCUCUGUGCCAGCACUGAUGUCCUCGUAUCCACUCUUGCCACUCUAGUUAAGCUAAUAAUAAAUGUUUAAUAGGUUAGUAUUUUUUCCUCUCAAACAAAUCCAUUUGAUGCAUAAAUUGCAUUAACUACUUAAUUUCAUUGGUAGUUUUGUGGCUCUGCAGCAUUCCCUCCUUUCUGUUGGUGGUUAUUUUAUUUAAAAGAGCAUGUAUUAUGUGUACCGCCUUGUUGUUUUUGGAUGCUGUUUUAUUGUUCAGGGUAACACAAAGUGCAGAUUGUCUGGUGGGAAUGGGUUAGUGAUGAUUGGAUCUUCUUAAACUGAAAAAGAUGAAUUAAUUGCAUUAUUAGAUUUUGCAAACUGAAUAAGCAAAUAUUCUGUUUGCUCACCAGGAGGAAGAAGGUGAUGUCCUUUCAUUUCAGUGUGCCACAUCAGGACUACAAUUAUGUUGCCGUUGUUUCUCCCUCUUUUUAACAAGUCUUAAGCUUCGUGAAACAGUUUGUUUUUUCACCUCAUCAGCUGUCCUAAGGGCUAACAUUUUUGGAUAUAACCCGUGUUGAUUGGUUUAUUUAUUUUAUCAGGAUUUAGUUUUAACUCUCUUCCUAGCAAAUGUCAUAAUUCUAAGACUUUUCUAAGAAUUUCGUCAUGAGGAGUUAAUCUUAGUACAAGGACGCUUUGUGAAUACAAGCCGUGGUUGUAUUAGUCUGUUUAACAGUCCAUCAGUCUAUUUACAGCCACAGUCAUUCAAUGAAAAAACAAGAUUUGGAGACUGCGGCAUGACUGAGAUUACUGCCAGCAUUUACAAGGAACCUGACAUUUUGUUGCCUGUUUUAAAAAAAACAAAAAACAAAAAGAGACCAUACUGUAGUUACAGACCAGCAAGAUGCAUCUAUAGGCUGCAUGUGUGCAAGGCAAAAACACACAUAUGCUUGUUAGGCAACAUACAAAUAAAAUACUAGAAUUUCAUUCAUGCAAGUGAGAGAACAUUUCCUCACGUUCUUUCUCAAAUUUGCUCCAGAAACCAGCAACAUGACAGACGUGAUGGAAACGUGUAGUUCAGAGGAACUUCUUGUACCUAACGUACAGUAUUCGAAAAGCUGGAAAUUAGCUAUAGCACUGACUAAACUAGGGUAUGCACCUGCUGUUUAGCAGUGUAAAAUUCAACAUUAUAAAAACUCUAUUAGCCAGUGCAGUUUUUGUCUCCAUUGGCUUCAUGUUUCAGGCCACAGGUUUCUGCUUGUCUCAUACCCAGAAUCACCAUUUACUUUAUAGUAAAUCAAGAAAACACAAUUAGUUCCACUUGGAGUUGGACAUCUCCCUCUUAAUUUUAGUGAUGUGGUUUUAUAGAUCUACAAGUCAGUCGACCGCUUUUACCCUGAUCUCUCAUACUUCUCUCCAACUAUUGGGUGAAUUGCCAUGAAAAUUUGGCAUUUACAUUCUCCGGAAUAUUAAGUCUUAUCACUUUGAGGUUGACAUUUCCCUGACAUUUCCCUUUGGUGAAACCAGCAAGCUUGAAAUGUCUUGAAAAAUAAUAGCUUAAAGCAGACCAUAAUAAAUUUGAUUGAAGACACACAUGAUCCCCUCAGGAUAAAUGUUAUCACUCUGGUAGUCCCCGACUUCCCCGACUCCCCGACUUAUCUGGACCUAUCAUUACUUCAGCAUUCUCGUUUGCCAAACACUGAUUUGUUUUGUUUAAUGGUAAUUACCUAGUUUUGCCACACUAAAAUGUCAAAGCAAGCUGUUGUGCGCAUUAUCAAAAUGUUGACAUCAAUUCAUAUAAAAACUUCAUGCUUAGUUGCUUUUUUUUUUUUUUUAAAGUUUAACUGCUGCUGUCAAUAAAAGGCACCAGAGCUGAUCAGUCGUAGAUGUGUCUAAUAUGUUUAGCCUUUACUGCGGACGACAUGCUAGGAGUGCACAUUUUGCACUCUCAUAUAAAAACAGGUCCUGUGAUUUAUUGUCACAAUAGCUAACAUAAAUGGAAACAUGUGGAAGCCAAAAGAAAAGUCAUCUUUAUCAUUAUUUUUAUUUAAAUUAGCGGGAACUCUCCUAGGCAGCUUUCUUUAAGUACUCUUCAGGAAAAGUUCGACAGGCUUCUAGAAAGGCAUCCAAAGCUCUUCUCUGGAUGUUGGCCACCUUCGUGGUCCUUUCUCCACACUGCUUGAAUAAUGUUGUGCUCCAGGCUCUAUGGAGGGCAAAAAAACACGCACUGGAGCACUAUCCAGGUGUGCUUUUACUGCAUUGAAAGUGUGUUUGGGAUCAUUGUUGUGGUGAAAAAUGAAGCUGUUGCCAAUCAGAUGGGCUCCAGAUGGUACUGCAUGGUGAUUCGGAAUCUGAUGGUAUGUUUUUAUGUUCAUAAUUCGAAGAAGAAGAAGAAAAAAACGGAACAACAAAUAAAGUCAUGUCAUUAUUAUGUAAGCAGUUUGCGUUUUUGAGAAUGACAGAGUCGUGGAUAUUGGUUAAAGUGGGACGUACAGUAACCUGUGGAGUCAGAAGGUCCUGUAUGAACGUGCAAGAUAUUAAAUGACAAUAUUUUAUUUUGAAACAGAAUAUUCAUUUAAAUAAAAGUUUGACAAAUAAAUUUGCAUGCUGUCAGUUAUAGUUCUGCAUCUCUAAAGUCAAAGCAAUCCAUCAGUUGGAAAGGCAAAGUCAGUUUAUAAGUCAUUCUCUUUCAUGGUCGGCCUUUAAUGUUAAAGCUGCUGGAAGUGAAACUGGGAAAACAGCAAGAAGAAAUAAUGAGCAAAUGAAAGCGUUACUUAUGUAUUUAUGGUUUGUUGUGGAGCUUGUUGUUUGGCUCUUCUGCCUCAGAUGAACCCUGCUUGGGAUCAUUCAGCUACACCCUCCCAGGUAAAUUUGAACCAGCUACAACUUAUGAUUUCACAAGGAGCAAAAAGAGAUCACAGACAAGGCUAAUUCAAUUGAUGAGAUAUCUAGCAUCUCUGUGUCCUCAUAAGACUUCGCUUGGCUCUACUAGGGAGACUGCAUCAGACUGCUGUUAUGUAAUCAAGUUAGCAUUAAAGCUUAAGUGAGUUUGGAUCCAGAGAGGCAACAGUUAUUUUUUUUUUCCUCUUGGGGAACGAAAUAAAAAGGGCAAAGUAGAAGGAUGCUAGCAAAGAGGUCAUGCACCAGAAAAGUGACAGGAGUCAAAUGUAAAAAUAUCAGCAGGAACGACAGGUGACAGAGCCGGAGAGGGAGAAGAGGGAAAGUUGCGCUGAAGAAACGCGUAACGUGAGUAAUAAAGCAAGGACAGGAAGAGACAGAGAGAGGUUGUACAAGGUAAAUCUGGGCAUGACGAGUUGUGUUGUGAUGACAGAGAGCAUGACACUUAGGGGGGAGGAACUACACCAUGCCGUGCAGACAUGGAGGGAGGGAGGGGAGGCUGGACGAGAGCAACUAGAAAGAAGGGAGAGCAAGAGGGAGGCAGGCUGGUGGAGGGAAAUAAACAGAGUGGCCGUUCGUCCCAGCAGCCAGUCUGAGGCACACAGCUACUAGUGAAGUCUGUUUCAGUUGAUUGCAGCAACUCAAGCUCAGUUCUUUUGCAUUUGUCUGGGAUCAACUCGUUGCUGAGUUCAGUGGGAGGCUUAUAGUCGGGGAUUUGAGGUCUGCAAACACAGCUUGUGUUCAUGUGAACCAGGCUGAGUGGGACACGUGCAGUAACUUCCUGGGAGGCUGGAUCAGCAGACGGUGCUGCUGGGCUGCAUCAUCUCCUGCUGAUAUUCCUUCAAAAGGAGCAACAUGCAUAUCUUACAGCCGUACUGCAUAAACAGAUGGCCAGAUGUGCCGAAAAGGAAGAGAAAGAACAGCCAGUGCUCAGUGAAGAGCAUGUCCGCUCUUAGCGUCUCUGUUCCAGGGUACAUCCCCAGCUACCUGGAGAAGGACGAGCCAUGUGUAGUGUGUGGGGACAAGGCGACUGGGUACCACUACCGCUGCAUCACCUGUGAGGGCUGCAAGGGUUUUUUCCGCCGGACCAUCCAGAAGAACCUCCAUCCGUCCUACUCCUGUAAAUAUGAAGGUUGCUGCAUCAUCGACAAGAUCACGCGCAACCAGUGCCAGCUGUGCCGCUUUAAGAAAUGCAUCUCUGUGGGCAUGGCCAUGGACUUGGUGUUGGAUGACUCAAAGCGCGUGGCCAAGCGCCGUCUGAUCGAGGAGAAUCGCGAGAAGAGGAAGAAAGAGGAAAUGAUGCGGAUGCUACAGACGAGGCCAGAGCCAGACACAGCAGAGUGGGAGCUGAUCAGGAUGGUGACCGAAGCCCACCGGCACACCAACGCCCAGGGCUCCAGCUGGAAACAGAAGCGCAAAUUCCUGCCCGAUGAUAUUGGCCAGGGUCCUAUGGUGCCCACUUCAGACGGAGAUAAGGUGGAUCUGGAAGUCUUCAGCGAGUUCACCAAGAUAAUGACCCCUGCCAUCACUCGCGUCGUCGACUUUGCCAAGAAACUGCCCAUGUUUUCAGAGCUGCCUUGUGAGGACCAGAUCAUCCUGCUGAAAGGCUGCUGCAUGGAGAUCAUGUCACUGCGUGCUGCUGUUCGCUACGAUCCCGACAGCGAGACUCUUACUCUAAACGGCGAGAUGGCUGUGAAACGCGAGCAGCUGAAGAACGGCGGGCUGGGCGUGGUGUCGGACGCCAUCUUUGAUCUGGGCAAGAGUCUAGCACAAUUUAAUCUGGAUGACUCGGAGGUGGCGCUGAUGCAGGCGGUGCUGCUCAUGAGCUCAGGUGAAAAACGAAUAUUGUUACCAUCGUCUAAAAUCUGUUUAAGAGAAAAGAUGUGAUGUUUGUCAUUCGACACUGGUUUUGUUAGAUUUCAGGUUGCAUUCCCACCACAAUCUUUACACUGAAAAUAUAUUCAUAUAUGAACCAACAAGUGAGGAUUUUUUUAUCUUUUGUGGUCUUAUGAAAGAACACAAUUUCUUUUCCCCUGAAACAUGUUUCAAAACAAAACAACAAUGAUUUUUUUCACAUUAAUGCGACACUAUGUUGGAAACUAAGUCACUGUUGCUACAUCACACAAUGAAAUUGCUCCACUCACUGAGUACAAAUCAGCCAAUAAUAGCAGGAUUGAUUUGUCUUCUCUUUUUUAAUUUUAUGGUUUGGUAGGUUUAAAAAAACAUUAAUAACAUUACUUGAUGUUAAAUCUCAGGUGUGGUGGUUCUGACCGUCUACGAAGUCAACCUCAGGAUUAUAGUUGCUGUAUGCUGUAUGCUUCUGCAUGCCAUUUUGCAACCCCACUCCACCUGGCUCUUUUGUAUUGCUUGUACAGUUUUAGUGUAAAUUAUUCAGUGCUUCAAAUGUUCCACAUUUUAUCUUUUUUACAGAUUAAUUUUGCAAAUUAUUAAAAACAAAAAGCUAAAAUAUGUACAUAAGUAUUCACAGCCUUUGUUCAGUACUAUAUUUAAGCACAUUUUGGGGCAUUUUCUUCCAUUUUCUUUUGCAGAGUGUCUCUAACUCCAUCAGAUUAAAUGGGGAGCAUCACUGCACAGCUAUUUUCAGAUCCCUCCACAGAUCUUCAGUCAGCUUCAAGUCUGUACUCUGAUUGGGCCACUCAAGGACAUUCACAUAGUAGUCCCAAAGCCCCCCUUUGUUAUCUAAGCUAUGUGCUCAGGGUCAUUGUCCUGUUGAAAGUCUGAGGUUCAGAGACUCUGAAGCAGGUUAUCAUCGAGGAUGUCUCUGUACAUUGCUGCAUUUAUCUUUUUCUGCCUGCUGCCAAAAACAUCCCAACAGCAUGAUGCUUCCACCACCAUGCUUCACUGUGGGGAUGCCAUUGGUGAUGAGCGGCGCCGGGUUUCCUCAAACACAAUGCUUGGCGUUCAGGCCAAACAGUUCAAUCUUUGUUUCAUUAGACGAGAGCAUUUUCUCGUUGUCUUGGAGGUGUCUUUUGUCAACCUCCAGGCGGGCUGUCAUGUGCCUUUCACUGAGGAGUGGCUUCCAUCUGGCCACUCUACCAAACAGGCCUUAUUGAUGGAGUGCUGCAGAAAUGGUUGGCCUUCUGAAAGGUCCUCCUCUCUCCACAGAGCAAUCCUGGAGCUCUGUGGUCACGCUGAACGACCAUUGGGUUCUUGGUUAUCUCUAAGGCCCUUCUACCCUGAUCGCUCAGAUUGGCCGGAUGGCCAGCUCUAGGGAGAGUCCUGGUGGUUCCAAUCUUUUUCUAUUUAUGGAUGACGAGGCCACUUUGCUCAUUGGGACUUUCAAUGCUUCUGAAAUUUUUCUGUACCCUUCCCUAAAUCUGUGCCUCAAUACGAUCUUGUCUCAGAUAAUUCCUUGGACUUCAUGGCUUGGUUUGUGAUCUUUUCAGAUCAUGUUUAAUCAACUGACUUUACCACAGGUGGACUCCAAUCAAGUUGUAGAAAUAUCUAACAGAUGAUCAGGGAAAACAGGGUGUACAUAACAUGGCAAAAUGUGGAACAAGUAACAGGAAUACUUACUUUCUGCAUGCACUGUAAAUAAUGGAGUUGACUGCCUGUUAUUUUCUGUGGUGGGUCUUGCUGCUGCUUCUCCUUUAGUCUCUCUAUAUAAUUACAUAGAAGGGCAGAGUGCCCUCCUGACAGAAAUCACAUUUUCAAUUGUUUUCAGUCAUUAAACGGGAGAUAGCUGGAAAGAAUAGCAGACUUCUGUUCUUCCACUCUGUACAGAGCUUUCUGACAACAUUCUUUUGUGUCCCAGAACGAUGGCAAUUAGGCAACUUUGCAGUUUCCAGUGCGUUCAUGGUCAGUCCUUACACUGGUGCAGGUGGAGCUUGCUCAUUGCCAUUUAAAGAUAUUUGUAAGGAAGUUAUUUGCUUCCCAUUUUUCAAUCAUUUGUAGUGGAAAAAACCCCACCAUGGGACUGGCCCUGUAGUUUUAGUUCUGCUCUAAUGCUAAAAGUCUACCAUGGUACCUACAGUUUGACGGACUUUAACCACAGACAUAAAGCUGAUCACACCGGCUUUAUUUGCACACUGAUGGAAAAGGGAAGAACACAUUAACUAAAUUCCCACACUCCCUAAACAACCUGAAUGGGAAUAAUCUUGUCUAAUCUGCUUUUAAUCCUAUCACCACACAGCCCUAAUUCCUAGACAGUCACUGUCUCUGAAGCUGGGCCACAAAGCCCCACUUGAGGUGGAUUUCUUCAAAGUGUGAAGUAAAAGACACCCAGAUGCAACCUUAACAGUGUUGGGGAGUAACGGAAUACAUGUACCGCCGUUACGUAUUUAAAAUACAAAAUAUGAGUAACUGUAUUCCGUUACAGUUA